AUGCUCUCGGUCAGUCAGCUGAAGAUAACUGAUAGAGGUUUUGAAUCAGCAUCAUUAUCCUCUCAGGAUAAAGAGAAAGCAGGAGAGGGCGAGGACAACAGGCCAGUGCAGUCUGUUGGGGCGCUUUUGAUUCGUGACGAGUUGCUCAACAGCACGCACAAGUUUUUGGGCCACAUCAACAUGAUUCUCCAACAACUUGAAGGUGAGAUUAAGCUGCACAUCCCUGAUAUAGACUUGAGGCCAGAGGUGGAUAUACUGUUGUCUACCCCAGAGAUGGUAGAAAAGCUGGAGCAGUGUAUGAUGAACUGGCAGACUCAGAUUACCAUUGUUAUUGAGGAGCAACAGAGUAAGAAACCACAGGCACCUGGCCCUUUGGCUGAGAUAGAUUAUUGGCGGGAGCGUACAGCCAUCCUGAGUGCUUUGGGUGAGCAGUUCAAUCUGCCUGUGGUAAAGAAAGUUGUGGAGGUGAUGACCAAAGCAGACUCAGUCACUGUUCAGAACCUGGAACAAACUGUGGCUGAGCUUACCAAGUACCAUGUGGAGUCAGCGGAUAAUGUUCGCUUUCUUAGCACACUGGAGAGGCACUUCAAGAACCUAGCUACAGGAGCCAACUUUGCUAUGAUCCUGGACACUAUUCCUCCAAUGAUGUACAGUCUACAAAUGGUGUGGAUCAUCUCCAGGCACUACAAUACAGAUGAGCGCAUGGUCCCACUAAUGGUGCGUAUUGCCUGGGAGCUGUGUGAGCAUGUGGCUCGUGUGAUUCAUGUCCGCGUUCUCUUCAAGUAUCUCCAGCACUUUGUGUGUUGGAUGCGUGGAACCUGCAUUGAGUGCCCUCCACAGCAUGUGAGUGGAGAAGACGAAUUUGUGAUAUUCAGCUUCUACAGUGAUGUGUGUCAACAUCUCCAGAUAAAUGAGACUGCCAUGACAGUGUCCCAAAAUGUUCAGCGACUGGUCAGCUCUGUGGGCCACUACCUUAACUGCUGGAAACACUACCGGCCCCUGUGGAAGAUGGACAAAGCCAUGGUCAAUGAAAAGUUUGCAGCAAAAAAGCCUUCCUGUGUUAUGUAUGAUGAUAAGUUACAGUUCAAUGCUCGCAUCAAUCAGGAGGUGAAGCUGGAGCCUCAUGCCAAGACUGAGCACAUCAUCUAUCUGAACCUGGAGCCUUUGGUUCAGACAGUGCGUGAGAAUGCCCAGGCCUGGAUCAGUUCACUGGGCAUGCUACUCAACCGCUCUGCCAGAGAGGAUCUCUUAAGCCUAAGAGAUGAACUCAUGCUACUCAGCAUGCAUCAACUCUCUGAAAACCUGAAGCAGAGCCCCAACACAUUGGAAGACUUGAAGUUUGUCCUUGGCACUAUCUCAGACAUCAGGGGCAUGUCUCUGACUGUGGAGAUGAGGUUCACUGAUAUUCAGGAGAGAUAUAGGACCCUGGCCAUGUACAAAAUAGAGGUUGGAGAGGAGGAGCUUGAAGUGGCUGCCAGUAUUGGCCAGCUGUGGGGCGACCUUUUGACAGAAUCCAAACAAGUGGAUCGAAAUCUGAUACAUGUCAAAAAAUCUUUUGUAGAGAUCACUGAGCAGCAGAUUGAAGAGUUUAAACAGGAGGUGUCUAUCUUUGCUGAGAGCUUCAACAUGCAUGGACCUGGAACAAUGGGAGAUAAUUUUGAGAAAGGAUUGGCCGUUAUGAAAACGUAUGAGGCAGAACUUGCCAAGAUAGAGACAGGACGGCAGGAGUUGGCCAAUGCUGAGAAGCUCUUUGACCUACCAAUCACCAUGUACCCAGAACUGCUCAACGUGCAGAAGGAUAUGAAUGGCUUGCGACAGAUCUAUGACAUCUACAAAGCUCAGAAGGCAGCUAAGACAGAGUGGUCCGAGACUCUGUGAGUGGACUUAAACAUCCAGCUGCAACAGGACGGUGUUGAAAGCUUCAUCAAGAGCUUGAGGAAGCUGCCCAAAGAUGUAUGGGCACUGCCUGUGGCCUUCUUCCUUGAAAGCCGCAUGAAGGAAUUCAAAGAGUCUCUGCCUCUUCUGCUGGAUCUGAAGAAUGAAGCACUCAGAGACAGACACUGGCAGAAACUGAUGGAACGAACUGGCACUAGCUUUGAGAUGAACCCUGACAGUUUCACUCUGGAGAAUAUGUUUGCCAUGGAGCUGCACAAGUAUGGAAAUAUCAUAGGUGACAUUGUCACCUCUGCUGUCAAAGAGCUCAGUAUUAUGUAUGACAAUAUAGCAUCUCUGAGGUUUGAAGUGGGAAGCAAUGGGGAGACAGUAGCUGGAGCCCUGGUGUCUGCAGAAGGUGAGAUAAUGGAGUUGAAGAAGCCCAUCCCAGCAGAUGGCAGAGUGGAGGACUGGAUGACUGGAGUAUUGCUGGAGAUGAGGAGGACCAACCGACUCAUCACCAAGGAAGCCAUUUUCCACUACUGUGAAGACAUGAGCAGGGUAGACUGGAUGUUGCUGUACCAGGGUAUGGUGGUGCUGGCUGGGAACCAGGUGUGGUGGACGUGGGAGGUGGAGGAAGUCUUUAACAAAGUGAAGCAGGGAAAGAAGGAUGCUGUCCUUAUCAUUGAUGUCCAUGCCAGAGACAUUGUUGACAGCUUUGUUCUCCCCAGUAUUAUGGAGGCCCGUGAGUUUGAGUGGGAAAGCCAGCUGAGGUUCUACUGGUUGUGGGAACCUGAUGAUCUGUUUGUGCAUCAGUGCAGUGCCACUUUCUCUUAUGGCUAUGAAUACAUGGGUUUGAACGGGCGGCUGGUUAUAACACCGCUGACUGACCGCAUCUACCUAACCCUCACACAGGUUCUCUCCAUGUACCUUGGUGGAGCCCCUGCUGGACCGGCUGGUACAGGAAAGACAGAGUCCACCAAAGACCUGGCCAAGGCUUUAGGCCUCCUGUGUGUGGUUACAAACUGUGGAGAGGGCAUGGACUAUCAGGCUGUUGGGAAGAUCUUCUCUGGCCUUGCUCAGCGUGGAGCUUGGGGCUGCUUUGAUGAGUUAAACCGUAUUGAUGCUGCGGUGCUAUCUGUCAUUUCCUCCCAAAUUCAGACCAUCCGCAAUGCUCUGAUCAUGCACCUCAAGAGGUUCCAUUUUGAAGGCCAGGAAAUUGGUUUGGAUGGCCGCAUGGGGAUUUUCAUCACCAUGAACCCAGGUUAUGCAGGGCGCACAGAGCUGCCAGAGUCAGUCAAAGCCCUCUUCAGACCUGUGGUAGUUACUGUGCCUGACCUACAGCAGAUAUGUGAGAUCAUGCUCUUCUCUGAGGGAUUCCUCAUGGCCAAGAUACUGGCAAAGAAGGUGACAGUGCUGUAUAAACUAGCCCGUGAGCAGCUCUCCAAGCAGUCUCAUUAUGACUUUGGCCUGCGUGCCCUGAAAUCUGUACUAGUGAUGGCAGGAGAACUGAAGCGAGGCUCACCAGACCUCAAUGAGGAUGUGGUGUUGAUGCGUGCCCUAAGAGACAUGAACCUGCCUAAAUUUGUGUUUGAGGAUGUGCCUCUGUUCCUUGGUCUGAUCUCAGACUUGUUCCCUGGGCUGGACUGCCCUCGUGUUCGCUAUCCCAGCUUCAACGACACCGUAGAUCAGACCUUACAAGAAAAUAAAAAUGUCAUGCUGCCUAACCAGGUGUCUCAUCUUGGUUCAAUGUAUGAAACUAUUAUGAGUAGGCAAACUACCAUGGUGGUGGGCCCAUUAUGUCAAGCGCAGACCAAAUUAGGGUUGCUGACCAAGAUGUACCCCCUGAACCCUAAAGCCAUGAGUGUGAUUGAACUUUAUGGCAUUCUGGACCCUGUCACUCGAGACUGGACAGAUGGGAUCCUCUCCAACAUCUUCUGUGACAUCAACAGGCCUACUGACAAAAAAGAGAGGAGGUACAUUCUGUUUGAUGGGGAUGUGGAUGCUUUGUGGGUAGAGAAUAUGAACUCAGUGAUGGAUGACAACAAGCUCCUCACUCUGGCCAAUGGAGAGAGGAUCCGUUUACAGGGUCACUGCCUGCUGUUUGAGGUUGGAGAUCUGCAGUAUGAUUCCCCUGCCACUGUGUCCCGCUGUGGGAUGGUGUUUGUUGAUCCCAAAAAUCUUCGGUACACCCCGUACUGGCAGAGAUGGCUUAACAAGAGACCUUCCAGGGAACAACCUGACCUGAACAAGCUGUUUGAGAAAUAUGUGCCAAGCACUAUUGACAUGAUUGUGGAUGGUAUUGUUGAUGGCAAACAGGGGAAGAAACUGAAGACUAUUGUCCCUCAGACAGAUCUGAACAUGGUUAGUGAACUUUCUGAAGAGAAGAAGACUCUGGCAGAAGACAAAGCCAAAGAGAUUGAGGAGCAGAACAAAGUGAUAGCUGUUGAGAAGGAAGAUGCUGAAAGUUCCCUGGCUGAGGCUCUGCCUGCCUUGGAGGCAGCCCGCAUUGCCCUGCAAGACCUGGACAAAUCUGAUGUCACAGAGAUCCACUCCUUUGCCAAGCUGCCCAAACAGGUGCAGGUGGUAUGUGAGUGUAUCCUGGUGAUACGUGGCCACAAGGAGGUCAGUUGGCAGGCAGCCAAGGGGAUGAUGUCAGAGGCUAAUUUCCUGCGAUCUCUGAUGGAGAUGGACUGUGAUUCCAUAAAUGCAAGCCAGGUCAAAACUGUCAAAAGCUUCCUGGCAAACCUCCAGACUAGCUUUGAGGAGAUGCAGGCAAUCAGUAAGGCUGGCUCGGGAAUGUUCAAGUUUGUGGAAGCUGUCAUGGGUUACUGUGAUGUUGCCAGGGAGAUAAAACCCAAGAGAGAGAAGGUGGCACGUUUAGAGAGGAACUUCUUCCAGAGCAAGCGAGAGCUGGAGCAUAUUCAGAAUGAGCUAAGUGCUAUCCAGAAGGAGUUGGGAGCUCUUGGGAAGAAAUACCAUGCUGCCAUGGCGGAAAAACAGCUGCUGCAGGAGGAGGCUGAGGUUAUGGAGAGAAGGCUCAUAGCUGCUGACAAGCUCAUCUCUGGCCUGGGCUCCGAGAACGAGCGGUGGACGCUUGAUUUGGAGGAGUUGAAGCAGCGGCGUGUGCGUCUUCUAGGUGACUGUCUGAUCUCUGCUGCUUUCCUGAGCUAUGAGGGAGCCUUCAGCUGGGACUUUAGGAAUGAGAUGGUGUACCAGAUGUGGGAGAAGGACGUAUUGGAGAGAGGCAUCCCCCUGAGCCAGCCUUUCAGAGUGGAGGAUCUUCUGAUUGAUGAGGUGGAAAUCAGCAGGUGGGGGUCAGAGGGUUUGCCCCCAGGUGAGCUGUCAGUCCAGAACGGAAUCCUCACCACCAGAGCCAGCCGCUUCCCCAUGUGUAUUGACCCCCAACAGCAAGCACUCAACUGGAUUAAGAGGAAGGAGGAAAAAAACAACCUCAAGAUCUCCUCUUUCAAUGAUCCAGACUUCUUAAAACAGCUAGAGAUGGCCAUCAAGUUUGGCUUCCCUUUCCUUUUUCAAGAUGUCGAUGAGUACAUUGACCCUGUCAUUGACAAUGUCCUGGAGAAAAAUGUAAAAGGAGCAGAGGGCAGGCAGGUUAUUUUGCUGGGAGACAAAGAGGUGGACUAUGAUCCCAACUUUAAACUCUAUCUCAACACCAAACGGGCAAACCCCAAGUAUUCCCCCUCUGUUUUUGGAAAAGCCAUGGUCAUUAACUAUACUGUGACCCUCAAGGGUCUGGAGGACCAGCUGCUAAGCGUUAUUGUAGGCUUUGAGAGAAAGCAGCUGGAAGAGCAACGCGAGCGUUUGAUCCAAGAGACAAGUGAGAAUAAGAAGCUGCUGAAAGACCUCGAGGACUCCCUGCUCAGAGAGCUGGCCACGUCUACAGGCAACAUGUUGGACAACACAGAGCUGGUCCUCACACUGGAGGAGACUAAGUCAAAAGCCAGUGAGGUAUCUGAGAAGCUGAAGUUGGCUGAGAAGACAGCAGUGGACAUUGAUAGGUUGAGAGACGGAUACCGUCCUGCUGCCAAGCGUGAUGCCAUCCUGUUCUUUGUAUUACCAGAACAUUACCAGUACUCUCUCGCCUCCUACCUAGAAGUAUUUGACUUUUCGCUGCGCAAAUCCCUGUCUGACUCCAUCCUGUCUGAAAGGUUGAAGAACAUCAUGAACACUCUGACACACAAUGUUUAUAACUAUGGCUGCACAGUCUAACAAUGUAUAUCCUCUGGUCUAUUUGAGAGACACAAGCUGCUCUUCUCCUUCAACAUGACCAUAAAGAUUGAACAGGCAGAAGAGGUGCUGCUGCGCUGCUUCCAUCUUGAUAGAUUGUAUAGAGCUGUCACUGACUAUGUCACUGUCACCAUGGGUGAAAAAUAUGUGCAGCCUCCAGUGAUCAGCUUUGAUGCCAUCAAUGAACAAAGCACACCUACUCCCAUUGUCCUCAUCCUUAGUCCUGGCUCUGACCCAGCCAGUGACCUCAUGAAACUAGCAGAAAGGUCAGAUGUUGGAGGCAGAAAGCUUAAAUUCCUUGCCAUGGGGCAGGGCCAAGAGAAGGUGGCACUACAGUUGCUGGAUACGGCAGUGUCCCAGGGUCAGUGGCUAAUGCUCCAGAACUGCCACCUCCUGGUGAAGUGGUUCACAGAGCUGGAGAAGUCACUAGAGAGAAUUACCAAGCCCCACCCUGACUUCCGCCUGUGGCUCACCACCGACCCCAUCAAGGACUUCCCCAUUGGUAUACUGCAAAAGUCUCUAAAGGCAACUUUGGCAAAGAGAGAGCCAAAUGUGAUGUGGCUGUCAGGACUUCACAUCCCUGAGUCCUACUUGACUUCCUUGGUCCAAUCCACAUGCAGAAAGAAUGGCUGGCCUCUGGAUCAUUCCACUCUCUAACAGGUGACCCAGUUUUGCAGUGAGGAUGAACUUGAUGAGAAACCUGGACAGGGCUGCUUUGUGUCUGGCCUGUAUCUGGAGGGUGCCGACUGGGACAUGGAGAAGGGCUGUUUAGUAAAGAGCAAACCCAAAGUUCCGGAAGUCCAGCUACCCAUCCUCAAGGUCAUCCCAAUGAUGACCUUGACACGCCGCCUCAGAUUACAGAAUAUGCUGAGGACACCAGUGUACACCACAUCCUUACAGAGAAAUGCUAUGGGUGUGGGACUGGUGUUUGAGGCAGACCUGUUCACCACCACACUCAUCUCCCAUUGGGUGCUCCAAGGUGUCUGUCUCUGCCUCAACUCUGACUAA